AUGGUGGCUUCCCGCGCGUUUGCCUCUGUGGCGGACGCCGCGGCGCGGCCGGUGUGGAAGCUGAAGCAAACGUACUACCACCGCCUCUGGCGCGCGCUGAGCAACCACAAAUGGAGCGAGUUUGAGCGCCUAAUGCGCGAAAUGAGGCUCAAGCGCCUCAGCCUCGACGAGGUGACCUACACACUCAAGGCUCACCACUGCAUCCUCAACCCGCACAAGCCCAGCCUCAGCUGCUACUUGGUUCUGGAGGAGAUGAAGCAGGCCCUGAUUCACCCGGCGGUGAUUCGCAUGAACGAGCACCUGAUCAACUCCUACUUCGAGCUUGAGGAGAUCAAGUGCCAGCCGCCGUCGCAGCUGUGGCAGAACUUUGCCAAGGCGACGUGGCAGACGUCAUUCAGGCUCAACCGGCACCGGAUGAAGAAACUGCGCGAGGACCUGGAACGCAUGGAUCCGGAAGCGCUGCUGAAGCUGGAUGGACAGGCGGUGGCCACCUUGGCGCAGGACGAGUUCCUGCAGGCCGUGUUUUCGCCCACCCUCGCCAUCGACGAGAUACACGACGAGCCCAUCGCAGCACACGCAGCCACUCAAGGAGCUAUAGGGGCGCCUCCAGCGGGCGAGAUGGAUGACGACGAUUCGGUGCUCGAUGGCACGGCCGACUCCAUGCUCGGAGAGGGAGCUGCUGAGCAGUACUUUGCAGACGCGCUGCAACACGGCAACCACGAAGGCGACGUCGACAAUGACUGCGAUAUUGAAAGUGAAAUUUCACAACAGAGUGACAGCGGGUCCUCUCCGCGGCAGCUACAUUAG